AUGCCCGGAGGGAUGCCAGAGAAUGAGGAAGGAGGGAAGUGCCAGCCUGGAACAUUCUGCCCCGAAGGGUCAUCUGAACCCACUAACUGUACCAGGGGAUCCUACUGCAGUACUCCAGGACUAGCCACCGCAAGUGGAGAGUGUGAGGCCGGCUGGUUCUGUCCGCCUGGGUCAGUCUCACCUUGGCAAGUCAUCUGCCCUGCUGGUUCUUUUUGUGUGAAUGGAACCUGGUUGCCUGAGCCUUGCCCUGUUGCCACGUAUGGCCAUCAACCAAACCUGAGGUCUGCGGAGGGAUGCACUCUCUGUGAUGCUGGACAUUACUGUAAUGAAACAGGUGCCGUGACAGUCAGUGGAAUCUGUGAGCCAGGAUUCUACUGUGACAAUGGCAAGGGCCCGGUCUCCUCCUUGGUGCAGUACUUCUGCCCUGAGGGCCACUUCUGCCCCAACCUCACCCAUCUGUCCGUCCAGUACCCAUGUCCGGCCACCACGUACAACAAUGCCACCCACCAGAUUGCUCAGGAGGCCUGCCAGCCCUGUCCACCUGGGUAUUACUGUCAGACAGUGGGCGCAGCCCAACCUGAUGGCCUCUGCUACGCUGGGUUCUAUUGCAAUGGGAGUAUGAUCAAGCCCAACCCUGCCAGCCAGAUCUGUCCUCCCGGGAACUACUGUCCCGAGGGUAGUGAGUACCCGAUACCUUGUCCCAAGGGAACUAUCACGAAGGGCAUUGGGAAUAAGGAGAGUGCUGCUUGUGAACUUUGUAAACCUGGCAACUAUUGCACACCGGAGAUGUCCAGGUUUGGUUACAGCCAUCCCUGUUCUGCUGGUUAUAUCUGCGUACUAGGAUCAAGUGUUCCAAACCCAAGUAACACCACUAAGGGAUAUAUUUGUCCAAGAGGCCACUACUGUUUGGAGGGCGCAGUGUUGGAGACUCCAUGCCCAUUGGGGACGUUUGGACCAGCUCUGGGUUCUGAUGAGUGCCUGCCUUGCCCAGAGGGUUGCACCUGUCCAAACUAUGGUUUGAUUGAGCCGUUGCCAUGUCCACUAGGCUUCUUCUGCCCGAACGAAACUUACGACCAGGGUGUACCAUGUCCAAAAGGGACCUACAACCCUAACACUGGUCUGUCUGAGAUGGAUGAGUGCCUUGCAUGUCCGGCGGGUCACUUCUGUAACAUGAGUGGCCUGUCCUCCCCAAGCGGACCAUGCCACCCUGGCUAUCUCUGCCUGGCAAACGCCACCCACCCAGGCCCAAACGAUGGCACCAAUGAGCCAUGCCCUCCAGGAUAUUACUGUCUGGAAGGAACUCUCACACCCACACCAUGUCCAAGUGGCACACUCAGAAACUUCACCCUGGGGAAGACUCUAUCAGAUUGUUUUCCCUGCACUCCUGGCUACUUCUGUGAGGGCACAAGUCUUUUGGGGCCGACAGGAGAUUGCUCGGAGGGUUACUACUGCCCAGAGGGUGCUGGGGUGAACGUUUCCGCACCAGUUGGGUACCUCUGCCCUGCAGGUCAUUACUGCAUCAACAGGACUGCACUGCCUUAUGCUUGUCCACCCGGCACUUGGCAGCCAAACAAAGGUUCAUCAGACUGUCUCUCAUGUCCUACUGGGUCCUACUGCCUGAUGAAUGCCACCACCCCAUCGCCAUGCCUUCCCUGGUCCUAUUGCCCCGAAGGUUCUGAUGUCCCCUUGCUCUGCCCUAAUGGAACUUAUACUAGCAAUGCGACACGGGGUUUACAGGAGGCAACACAGUGUGAUCUCUGCCCUACUGGGAAGUACUGUGUUGGCGGGCGUGUAGCAGGGAACUGCACUGGAGGCUUCUGGUGUAAGAAAGGCAGUCCUAAGCCUAGCCCCAUUGGCCUGAACCGGACAAUUGGACAACCUUGUCCCCGAGGAUACUUUUGUCCCGACGGCACAGUCGAGCCACAAAUGUGUCCACCUGACCUAUUCAUUGACAUAGAGGGCGCCGUCAGUGAACUAGAGUGCGACUACUGCCCGGCUGGGCGUAUCUGCUUCACGGGCGUCCCAGUCCCCCAGAUGUGCCCGAAAGGCUUCUACUGUCACUACAAUGAGACGAUCAGGCCCUGUCCCGCCCGGACUUACAAUGAUCUGCUCGGGGCUAUGAACACGACUUGGUGUAAGCCGUGUCCGGCUGGAUAUUGGUGCGGAGAGGAAGGGAUGUCUAACUACUCCAUCAGUCCAUGUCCUCCUGGGUCAUAUUGUACUAGCGCUAUUUACAAACCUGAGCCAUGUCCGUCUAGUUCAUUCAGGAAGCUCCCAGGAGCCGGAGGUGUGGCUGACUGCCACCUGUGUCCACCUGGCCGAUUCUGUUUCCUCACAAACAGCACCCACCCAGGUGUCCAGUGUUCGGUCGGCUACUUCUGCCCCAUCGGCUCCCAGCUCCAGUACCUCUGUCUCCCUGGGUACUUCUGCCCUCGUGCCAAGUACCAGAUACCCUGCCCAGCUGGCUGGUACUGCCCUAAAGGGUCGAUACUGCCAAAGAGGUGCCCCAUGGGUCAUUACUGCAAAAUGGAUAUUUGUAAGGGAAAUCUCAUCGGAACAAUCGUACCCAGGAAGUGUCCGCUGGGCUAUAAAGAAUACAACCACUCCAUGCGAGCCACCUUUAAUGACACCUGUCAGUCAUGUCCGCCUGGUUACUACGGCGACCACCCAGAUCGUCUUCUGUGCUACCCGUGUCAGUCUGGCGUUGUGUGUCUAGAGGGCGCCACCACGGAUAGACCGAGCGUGAAUGAGAGUGCUCACACUGGGCUGGAUGUGACCCACUCUUACGUCUGUCCCCCUGGCCAUUAUUGCCCAGAGAUGUCUGUACACCCGCUGCCGUGUACUCCAGGCACCUACAACCCUAUGCAGCGGGCCAAGGCCACCGACGCAUGCCUCCUGUGCGACCGGAAUAGCUUCAACCACCUUUAUGGACAAGUGGGGUGCUUCCCCUGCGGCGGGGAGGCCAAUCAGCCAAGUCCAGGGAAUAACACGUGUGUUUGUAAAGCAAGGGGCAGGUACUUUCAGGUGACGGACUACAGUUGUCCCUGCCUACCUGACCAUGCCAUCCUCGACGUCCACUCGAAAGACUGCGUCAAGUCGUACUAUGAAAUCUGUCCCGAGUUGUCAUAUCGGACUCAAGAUGGCCGCUGUCUUGAUUCAACAAAGUGGGAGGCUUACUGUAAGAUGCAGGUAUGCGACACCCCUGACGACUACGAGUCCUUCGAUAAAAAGCUUGGACUCUGUAAAUGCCGUUCAGAAAAGCUGGAGGAGAUAUGUAACCUAGAGUGUCGCAGACUCCAGAAGAAGCUGCUAAAGCUGAUCUGUAACCCAGAGGCAAAGAUGAUGAUAGGGUUUGGAACAAAGGACAAUGAUGAACAGUUUGAGCUUCCUGCAGACCAACUGAAGCCGUCGAUACUCGCAAAGGACAUGAUCCUCGAUGAUUACUGCCAUCACCAUGCCAACCAAUCCCUACCGAUGUUCAUUAUCGGGGUGACGCCUAUUGGCUUCCAGGGGAAGUACAAUCCCGAUACCUCGGCCAUCUAUGCGACACUUAUGGACAACGCCAAAGAGAAAUAUAGGAAUUCUUCCCAGGUGUUUAUUCCCGAGUUCAUACAGAAGCGCCGCCUGUUGAAUGUGCCUAUAACUAUUGGAGGGCGUAAUUUAAAGAAUCCUACGACAUGUCUGAAUCUUGGUGAAUCCAUCUUGUUCUCGAUAUCAAAAGACAACUACCCAGUUUAUGACAGGUUCAACCUUUACAACAGCAAUUAUAAUUUCGAUGCUGGCGACUUUGAGCGGCUCAACGAGGUACUGCCCCAGACUGACACCGACAUGACAGUCUUCACGUACCAGUUCAAGGAACCAGGGACGUACGUGUUUUAUCUCAGCAGUGAUUCUCACAAGAAGUUGUAUGUCUCCGUCAUGGAAGGAAACACCUCUUGCCCAAUGACUGGACCGUUCUUUCCCACCUCGAGUCAGAACCUCGUCCACAAUCGUAUUCGAUGGCGCAAGGACCUCAUUUUCAACCUGAACUGGAUUCUGAUUGGUUAUCUCAUCGCGAUGCUCGUUUUUCUCAUGAUCUGCGCUUUUAUCGUUAUGGGAAAAUUUUCCUACAAAAUGUGGUCUCGUCCAAUAUAUGUGAAUCCUUUCUUCCGCCGUCUUGCCUUGGAGUACAACUUUGAUGUGUAUUCGAGUCGUGGAUCCGCAUCUAAAGAAGGCGACUCAGCAGCACAGCCGCCUGGUCAAAGUGAAGCGACCUUGCUACGAGAUGAGUUCUGGGAUUAUGCCGGGCAGCAGGAUGCAGAAACGUUCAGUGUGGGCACCCUCAACCAAAUCUUGAACAAACAGUCCGCCCAUGUCCGUAAGGAAGUCAACAAGACGAAUAUACAAGCCAUUGAACACUACAAAAAGAUCGAACGUCACCUGGACACCCUGAAGGGAUUCUGGAUCGCCAAGCUAAACGUGUCGAGCACGAACACGUCAAAGGUCACCGAAGGUCAAGUCGAUGACUAUGUAAAGAAGUCAGAGGAGUUGGAUCGGGAACUGGAGCGGAGGAAACGAUUGGGGUGGGCGUUUGCUAAACAGCUGUCGUACCAGAGGAGGGUGAUGUUGGAGGAGUGGAAGGAGUGGGAGAAUCAUCAGAUUACAUUCCAUGCUUCUAUAUUAGAAGUAAGGCGUCUCCUACAAAAAUACGAAGACCAUCUCCUCCAGCAGAGGCAAAAGAGUGAUGCGGAGAAACCCCAAGAUGUCGGGCCAAUCCACCAAGCUAACGACCUGAUCCAGAAUGCACUUGCCGACGUGCUGGAGGCAUGUGAACACACAGGAUGUUGGGGGAUCAUCGGGAAGCCGAUGGGAGGACAGCUGACCAGGCCUGGGAAGAUUGAGAGGCUGGAGAAAUAUGACCUCAUCGGUACGAGUGAAGGAAAAAUCAUUGCACCUGAUUUGCUUUACAUCGACAAGGCAACAGGCCUGAUCAGGCCACGUCAAGAGGCAACCAUGGUCACUCCAAAUGGCUCCUUACAGAAUGUGCCGAAUGAUGCGUUUGUCCACCCGCAGACUGGACAUGUUCUCCCUGUGGCUGGGAAUGUUGGGUACGCCCCUAUCAGCGGGAAGCUUGUACCCAUGCUGGACUACGUUGCUGCUGAGAGGAGUAUGCUUGACGAACCUCCCAUUCCCUUCGUGUCCUACCCCCUUAAUCAUCAGACAGGAAAACCGGUUGCAACCGACCUAAAACCUAUCAGCAGCUUCGCCAGCCUAAAGUACGGAAGCCUGAUCGCCGACCCUGAAACCGACCUCCUGGUCCCCAUUGUCGCUAUGACCAUCCACCCAAAGUCUGGCCUCCUCUACCCUGUGGGUGGAUGCCAUAAGGAUCCUAUCACUGGCCUCUUGGUUGCCAUAGACAUAGGCUCCAUGAUGGAGGACCCAGUGACUGGGAACGUCUGCCAGAUACUUGGGGUCACUAUCGAUGAAAAUUCCGGGAAAGUCAUUCCAGUCGGCGAACUUCCCAAAGAAAUCGGCCAUGAUGAACCAUUGGUGAGAGGAAGCAUGGUUUACCAACACAUGACGGACAAACUGGUGAAACUGCGCACUGCAGCCUUUGAUGGUGUAACGGUGGUGCCAUCAUGUGGCAGCUAUCAUACACUACUGGAGAACGUCAUCUUCAAGACGGAGCAGGAACUCCUGGACGUGUUGGCAAAGUACAGUCGAACACUAAAAGAGCCGAGUAAAUCCACUGAACAUUUCACAUCAAGUCUUACGAUGUUGAAAGUGAGCAUUGAAACAAUGCUGCGUAAUCUUGAGAAGGCUGAGGAGAGAUACGUCAUGGACCUCAUCCAUGAGGAAUAUGUCAACAACACGAGGCUCAAGAAGGUGAAAAACCUGUCAAUUAAUGGAGGCUCCCCAGGACUGUAUGAGUACACCAAAACUGGUCAACUUCUGCCCAUACUUGUUGGAAUGACUAUGGACGAUCCUACCGGGACAGGUCUUGAGCUACCCAUUCUGAGCGCAGUCAGAGACCGAGGCAGUGGCCAAGUGCUGCCUCUUGCUACGUCAGUGAAACAUCCUGAAACCAAUGAUCCUCAACCGAUCACGAUUGGUCAAGAAAUCACUGACGAGUCUUCAGAUGACAUCAGUCAUGUGACAGGUCUCUCAAUUGACCCGACGACUAAAGAUAUCACCCUGGUUACGACAAAGGACGAUAGGCCCGCUCCAAACGUUCAGCACCUGGCGCUAAUCGAAGAUGAAAUCGUGUCGUGCGCGAGUUUCCUAAGACGGAUGUUUAAACAAGAGUCAUAUCUCAUCCAAGAAGAGUUCGAGCUAGCCAGAUCAGUUUUACACAACUCUGACAACAUAUCGUUGGAAAAAUUAGACGCUGUUGUGUUCAGUCUGUGCGAGCAGACGACAGACCUGGAAAAAAUGGCUGAGCGGGAAUGGGCACGGGAAAAUACCACCAGGAAAGAUAUUGGGAACUUCUUGCCAGUAGGCCUGGCUGCAAUGGUCGUUGAUUCUGAUGAAGCAUUGCAGAAUUCCGUCAAGGUGUGUCUGCAGGCCCAUGGAAAGUUUGCAGCUGUUUUGCCGAAGUUGUAUGUUAAGAUUAAACAAGAAGAAGAGAAGUUCCAGAAUCGUCUGUCAGAGGUCGCAGAGAUCAAGGACAAAGAGACGAUAAAGAUGAUGAUGAGGCGGCAUAAUAAGGUCAAGGGCAGCCUCCAGAUGGAGCUACGUGAUCACGUCAUCAUGAAAAUGGAGGCGAUAGACUUUGUUACGUCCGCUGUAGACAGAGCGGCCCAAAGAAAAGUCGCAGUCAUGAAUUAUGCAAAAUCGCUCCUGAAUGAUUCUGACUCAAGGAGUGGCGAUGUUCAUUUUGACAUGUCUGGAGUCUUCGGGGGUGAUGGUUUGCCAGAGGUGACAUUCAGCAAUGAACUUGUUCCAGUUCUGAAGGACUUCAUAGCAAUGCUUGAACAAGACCAUCCCUUCAUUCUUCAGGUUGAUGCCGAAUUGGUAAACCCUAAAAAAGACUCCAGUGUGAUCAAACGUGUUACAACACAUCAAGUCAAAAACGGCACUUAUCCUGAUGCACCGAAGAGUUAUGAUCGUAAUUUUUGGGUUGUUUCGGAUGUCAGAAAAUCCGAUGAUGUUGAUUGCGAUACUACCCAGAGGAUGCUGUAUCAGAAACAUCUGUUUGAAGUUUCCAGCCUCGAGCAGACGACAAGACGACAAGCCAUGGAUACAAUCAAUGGGUUACUGGCCUCGUACCAUGAGGAGAAAUGCAAAGUUAUAAAUGUCUUGAAGAACAACAUUGCAAGCAGAUUCAAAGACUUAUUACCAAAUAUCGUCUCGAACAUGGAAAAUGCCGGAGCAGAAGUCGAUCCAAUGGUCACAAAAGAAUUUAAAGAUUUGCAUCAGAAACUUACAAAUUUGAAUCAGACCAUGUCAGAGGAGAUGAGGAUAAAAUGCAAUGAGUUAGCAAAGCAGAGGCAGACAGAGGUUCAAAAUCUGCAGAAACUGCAUGUUACGGAGGCACUUUCGAAAGAAGUUUCACCGGCGACUCUUCCUUGUGUUGUGACGCCCUCUUUAGAGGAGAUGGAAAAAGAUACGGCAGCUCUAGCAGUGCAGCAGGCGGACUUCUUUAACGAAGUGGAUGAAACGUUGCGCCAGUCCGUGAUCUUGAGCUAUGACGAGAAAAUGAAGACGUAUCAAAAACCGUUAAAUGUUGACCAAGAAAAGAAGAUCCAUGCACAGGACUUGAUGGAAAAUGCAAUCGAUUCCAUUGAAAGGUUGCAGACGACUGUUGAGAAACACUUGGCAGCAGACGACACCGUUGUUGAUGGUGAUGGUGAUGCACCAGUGUGGGAGUUCUGUGCUCUGCAGUCAGAGAUGAAUCAGCAUGUGGUGUUGUCUCUCCUUGGCGAUGUUUUCAAUGACCUUGAAAGGCAAUGGAUGAGAGAAAUUGGCAUCCAUGUUUUAUCUGACGACACAACUAGUGACGAGCAGCAGAAGGAGGCCGUCAAAUACAAAGAGUUGGUCCAAAACGGGGAAUAUGGUCUCUAUAAGGAGAACGCCAGGCAACGGGAGAUGUUGGUCUCUAAAGUUGCAGCUCAUAAACACAUGGCGGAAGUCCUGGACAAGGAGGGGUUCAUCUGCAAGGCUGUUGACAGAGUUUGCAAGGCCUCCACCAGCGACGAUGUUCAAGCCAUCCUGUCUGUAGCGAGGGAACUAGCAGGCAACAAAGACUUCCAGAAACUUGUCACGUCCCAGGUGCAGCUCUUGGCUCAGUUGGAGACAAAACAGCACAAACAAGAGAGUGAGUUAGAGUUGGAGAUCGAGAUCAACUUGGAUGAGGGAUGCAAGAUGCUUGAUGAGAAACAUGAGAAAAACAAGAAGCAGGUGAGAUUUUGACUUGAGCAGACGA